CCCCCGCAGCGCCGCGGAGCCGGACACGGGCGCGAGGAUGGAGGGCUUAGGCCGCUUUUGCCCGAGCUCCCUCCUGGACCCGGGCUCGGGGGCCACCUCCCCGGGCUCCGGGAGCGAGGCCUGGACACCCUCGCCACAUGCGCGCUGCGCGCCCACCAAGCAGCCUCGAAGGCGCAGGUGCCCGGACUCGCCCCGAGAGAGCCGCAGCCUGACCGACGUGGCCACUGGGCCCCCGGACGGCGCCAGGAGGCCCCGGCCCCACGGACGGCUCCUGGAGGACGCCUGGGGCGUGCCGGGGGCCGGUGCGCAAGGCCCGGCCUGGCGACGGCAGCCCCCAGGGCCCUGGCACUGCCCUCCAGCCCGGGGAGGCUCGCCCCCACCUUGCCCCGAGGGAGCGUCCAGCCCCCCAGGCGGGACCUUCGGGGUGCAGAGGGCGCAGAGCGGAGACCAGUGGGCAGUGCCGCAAUGCGGAGGAGCGGGUCGCCGGUCCCUGUCCUCGGCUCUGUCCCAGAGGUCUUCGGGGCCGUCCCAGGAGUGCGCGGCGCCGGCGGCUUGCGCGUGCGCCCACCUGCGGGAAGGCAGUGACCCCGGGGAGUCCGCGGCCCGCCAGCCGUCCCAGCCGUCUGCGUCGCGCGAGGAGCGGCCGAGCCCGCGCACCCAGCUCCUCAGGACCGAGCUGGAGGAGGCGCUCACGACCUCCGGGGGCCAGAAGAUCGUGGCCCUGGUCCUGACCCGGCUCCGGAAGGCCCAGAGGAUGCGGGAGCUGCAGCAGCAGGCGGCCGCCGCCUGGGAGGAGCUGAGGCUCUCGGACCAGAAGGUGCAGCGGACCCUGGAGCGGGAGCGCGAGCGGCUUCUGCACGAGAGCCGCGAGCAGUGGCGGCAGCAGGAGCGGCGCGUCCGACGGCGCCACGGCCCCGCGAGGCCGGACGACGACCCGGAGCGCGCCCCGAAGCUCGCGCCUUCGAUCCCCCGGCAGAGCCGUGAGCUGCGCGCGCCGGAGCCCGAGAGGCCCGAGCGGGCGGGUCCCCGGCAGGGCCUGCACCCCACGGACACCCAGGAGCCGGUCCGGGAGACCAACCUCAGCUCCCUGGUCAACUACCAGGCCCGGAAGGUGCUCCUGGACUGCCAGGCCAAGGCCGAAGAGCUGCUGAGGAAGCUGUCCCAGGAGCAGGGCGCCCAGCGGUGCCCGGGGGCGCAGCCGGGCCUGGGGAGGGAGCUGGGGCCCGGGGCGCAGCGGCCCCGGGAGCCUCUGCAGCAGGUGCGGCGGCGGCGGCGCGGGGAGGCCGGGGAGCAGGUGCCGGCGCACAAGGGGCUGCUGACCGAGCUGGCCGAGCGCAGGGCGCGGCGGGCCGGGGGCGGCGGGGACGAGCUCGGCGUCCUGCGGGGGGAGAACCAGCACAUUCUGAAGCUGAAAGCCGAGAAGGAGGGCAAGUGCCACAUCGAGGGCAUCAAGGAGGCCAUCCGGAGGAAGCAGCAGAGGAGGGAGCACAUCUCCCGGGAGCAGGACGCCACGUUGGAGGAAUUCGAGAAGCUCUCCAGGGCCCCCCGGGGGGACCAGGCGCGCGCGCUGGCCGGCAGCCUCCGGGACCGGCGGGCGCGGGAGGAGGCGGGGCCGCAGGGCUGCUGA